AAAAUCCAACAACAACCCAUCCAUGCUCGAAGCUUCCAAUAGAACCAAUGGUUUUCUUCUUGUCUUACACGCAUGUCUACACACGCACAUAUGCCCUUGUCUUCUUCAUAUCUACUUGAUUUCAGAUGCGAGGACCACAAUUAUUCAUAAACCCUCCUCUUCUCUCUCUCUCGUUACAAUUCUGUUAUUCGCUUUGACGUCAUGAUUUGAAUUCUUAUCCAAUUCCAUUUUUUUAUCAGAAUUUUUUCUUUUUUAUUCUCUCUAUCAUUCCCUACUUUGCUUCUUGGUUUGUUAUACUGCUUUUGCUCUGUUUUCAAUAAAGGUGGUUGCUUUCGUUGAUUUUCCGUGAAAGUGAGAGAGAAAAAAAAGGGUUUAAGAUGUCUGAGAUUCCGGGUACUUAAGAUUUCUCUCAAAUUGUGUUCAUUUUCUUUCUUCCUGAUUCUGUAGUUAUAUGGAUUUAGCUCUGGGCAAAAGGGGUUUUGAUCUUGCUCUGAGGAACAAGAAGUGGAUUCUACUAGCAGCGAGUGGUUAUGGUGCCUUUAGGGUUUAUCAUUCUCCUUCAAUUUCCCAGAAAAGGAAGCGAAUCUCUAAGCUUUUUACCCUCCUCCUCAACCUCGUCGAAGCAGCCUCCGAUUCCGCCGAGGCGGCUAGCGUAAUCGCUAAGGAUCUAACGGAGUUUCUCAGAUCCGAUUCCGAUCAAAUCCCAAACAGCUUGAAGCAGGUUUCCAAAAUCGCCAAAUCAGAUGAGCUCAAUUCGUCUUUAAUCAGAUUCACUCAGGCUAUGACCGUCGGGUUACUCCGUGGGUACCGAUUGGAUUCCGGUAACGACGAAUCAGGGUCGGGUUUUACGGAUCGGGUCAUGGAUAAGCUCUUCACGAAAUCCGGGUCGGGUUUUGCUUCCGCGAUCGUCGGUAGCUUCGCUAAGAACUUGGUCGUCGCGCUGUAUUCCUCCUCCGGCGAAUCGCCGAUCUUUUCAAAUUCGAAAUUGCUCGACGCGAUUUGCUCCGACGACGGUAGAAGCUUAAUCGGCGAUUGCGUUCAGCGUUUCGUGACCACGGCGGUUUCGGUUUAUUUAGACAAGACCAGCGACGUCAAUGUUUUCGACGAUUUAUUCGCCGGUUUAACCAAUCCUAAACACGAGCACAAGGUUAAGCAAACGCUUGUAAUGGUAUGUAACGGUGCGGUUGAAACGUUUGUGAGAGCGUCGAGAAGACAAACCACGGAACCGGGACUAGACCGAUCAUCGUCACAAACGCUGACCGUUGGAUCAAAACCGACUUGGAUCGAUCGGGUUUCGUCGUCGUUGUCCGUACCGAGUAACCGGAAAUACGUGGUGGAUUUAACCGGGAGAGUAACGUUUGAGACGGUUAGAUCGUUGUUAGAAGUGUUGAUCGAGAGAGCAAAUGGAAAAGUGGAGAGUUAUGUGGAGAAAGUUAGAGAGAGAGGAAAUGAGACGAGGAGAUUCGUGAGAGUUAAAUCUUCUCUUCUUCAUAGUUUAUGUCUUUCUCUGUGUUUACAGAUUGUUGAAGCUCCAUGGAUGCUGACUCCAAGACACUGAUCAGGCUAAAAUACAAGAAACAGUUUUUUUUUUUUUUUUUUUUUUUUCUAUUAUACACUUUUGUGCUUUGUUUGAUAAUUCUUGGAUUCAAUCAAAUUCGAUGUAAAAUUGUUUUGUUUUUUUUUCAAAAUUUGAGAAGAUACUGAGAAAGAUGAUUGUUUUGACUGUUUUGAAAGAAAGCAAUGGGUAUGGGUUUGAAUGUUUUGGAGUUGGAUAUUUGGAUAAUGAUAAGCGU